GGGAAUGUCCCCGUGGGGACCAAGGAAUGUCCGUGGGAAGGGACCCGUGAGGAUCGGGGAAUGUCCCACAGAAUCGGGGAAUGUCCCCGCAGAAGGGACCCGCGGAGAUGGGAGAAUGUCCUCGUGGGAUCGGGGAAUGUCCCCGCGGGAGAGGACCCGCGGGAAUCGGGGAAUGUCCCCGUGGGGAUCAGGGAAUGUCCCACGGGACCGGGGAAUGUCCCCUUGGGAAAGGACCGGCGGGGACCGGGGAAUGUCCCCGUGGGGAUCGGGGAAUGUCCGACGGGACCAGGGAAUGUCCCCUUGGGAAGGGACACUCCCCGCUGAUCCAGCCCCGCGCAGGACCGUGCGCGCUCCCGCGGGCGCGGGGGUCCCGGAGCGCCCCGCGGGGACACGGGCCCGCGGGUACCGGGUGUCGGGGUGGCCCGCGGGUACCGGGUGUCGGGGUGGCCCGCGGGGCCACGGGCCCGCGGGUACCGGGUGUCGGGGUGGCCCGCGGGGACACGGGCCCGCGGGUACCGGGUGUCGGGGCGGCCCGCGCGGCAGCCGCUGCCGCCGUUGGCGCUGCGGGACACGGGGACUCAACGGCCGUGCCGUCCGCCAGGGGAUGGUGGCACCCCCUGGUGACAAACCUGCAGCCACCGGCAGUGGCAGCACCCCGGGGGUGGCCCGCUGGUGGCAGGCCCCUGGUGACAGCUCCGUCCCCCGUGCCAGCGCUCUGUGGCCAUGCUGCGGUGCCACGUGGUCGCCGUCCGCAUUCCCGGGGCAACCGGCUUCGGUCCCGGUGUCCUGCUGUCCGUCUGCUUCCGAGGCGUCCCCAGGAGAACCCGGGUGGUGCCCGAGGAGCGCAGCCUCACCUGGAAUGAGGAGCUGGUGUGGCCGCUGGACUCGUGUCCCCUGAGUGCCACGGACACGCUGAGCCUGCGCCUGCGGCGCUGGGAGUGCCCCCUGCCCCAGGGGGACCUGGGUGCCACCACGGUGUCACUGGACAAGCUGGUGGCCGACCCCAGCCUGCCGAUGGCCGUCAGGGACAUCCCGCUGCUGGACCACCGGGAGCGGCCCACGGGGUGCACUGUCACCUUCCACUGCUACUGCGACCCGCACGGCGCGGCCGGGGAUGUCCCUGUCACUGUCACUGUCCCCACCGCACACGCACAGGUGGCACUGCAGCCACCGGGGGUGGCCCCUGAGGACAGCAAAGAGGAUUUCCAGGUGCGGGUGAGGGUCAUCAGGGGCCGCCAGCUGCGGGGCAAGGACAUCAGGCCCGUGGUGAAGGUCCAGAUCGGGAGGAGGAACUUCCACACCCGCAGCCGCAGCGGGAACAACCCCUACUUCAAUGAGGUGUUCUGCCAGAAUUUCCACCAGACGCUGGAGCAGCUGGUGGCACAGCCCAUCCAGAUCCAGGUGCUCCGUUCACCAAACAUCUGCACCAAACCCGUCAUCGGUGUCUUCGAGCUCGACAUCGGCACCAUCUACUCUGCGCCAGGGCGCAGCCUGAGCGGGAAGUGGCUGAGCCUGCAGCACCCGCGGCACCGCGACGGCCGCUGCCAGGGCCUGCUGCAGGUGAGCCUGCUGCUGCGCCGCGCCGGCGAGCGCGCCCAGGAGCAGGAGGUGCCCGCGGGGGACGAGGACGUGGAGGGGAACCUGCUGCGGGCAGCGCCCUGCGGCACCGCCCUGCAGAUCCGCGUGUUCCGCGCCCAGGACCUGCCAAGGGCGGAGCCGGCGCGGCCGUGCCUGGGCGGCGCCGCGGGCUCGGCGAAGGUGUCGGUGCGGGUCGGCUUUGCGGGCAGGACGCUCUGCACCCGCGGGGUGUCCCCCGGUGCCAGCCCCGAGUGGAACGAGGUUCUGUUCUUCCCCCUGCGGCUGCCCCCCAUCUGUGACGAGAUCGUGCUGGAAAUCCUGCGUGGGUCGUGCCCGAGCAAAGUCCUGGGCAGGGCCACCCUGAGGCUGUCCCAGAUCUCCCGGGAUCCCGACGAGCUCGAGGAGGGGACCCCCGGGUGCUCCCCCACCUUCGGGCCCAGCUUCCUGCCCUUCUACGGCCCCCGGCCGGACUCUGCCAGGGACUCGGGGCCGGUCUAUCAGGGCCGGCUGCUGCUGGAGCUCUGCACCCACGCGGGGUCCCCGCCCGGGCGCCAGCGCGGCGCCGUCGCCCCCGUGGACGCCGAGCGGGCGCAGGGCUGCCUGCCCCGCUGCCGCCUGGGGCUCUGCGGGGUGUUCUACUCGGCCACCAUGGUGCCAGGCGGUGCCGAGCCCCUGCGCCUGGAGCUGGGCAUCGGCAGCGCCGCGGCCGCCACCGCGCACGCACUGCCCGCCUUCGACGGGAACCUCUACUACUACCUGCCGUGGUUUGGGGACAAACCGGUGGCCGCUGUCACCUCGGUGUGGGAGGACGCCGGGCACCGCUGGGACAGCCUGAACCUCCUGCGAGCUCUGUGCCAGCGCCUGGAGAAGAACCUGGCUGAGCUGCAGAGCCACCAUGGGGACACUGCCGGGGACAUCGGGGCCAGGCUGCUGCAGGAACUGGCCCAGGACUGCACGGACGCCCUGCGCUGCCUGGAGGCGCAGCCCGCGCUCACCGCCCUGGACCGGCAGCUCCGCGGGGCGCGGCGGUUCCUGCUGCGGCUCCUCCUGCGGCGGCUGCGGGGCGCGGCCGGGGCCGGUCCCGGGGCCGGUCCCGGGGCGGCGGCGGCGCUGGGAGCGGCGGCCCGGGCGUGGCUGCGGAGCGCGGCCGCGCUGGCCGUGGAGCCCCAGGCCGGUGUCCCCGACGUGCAGCUGUGGCUGCUGCGGGGCCAGCAGCGGGUGGCCUCAGCCCGUGUCCCCGCCACCGAUGUCCUGCACUCCCCGCGCGGCCCCGGUGCCUGCGGCCACCUCUGCGGGAGGAUCCUGACCCUCUUCCUGGGCUGUGGGGACAUCCAGGCCCAGGUGCGGGUCCAGCUGUGGCUGGGACGAGUGGCCGAGAGCGGGGACCUGGCCCGGCUGCUCGGGGGGACCCUGCGCUUCUACAGCGAGACGUACGAGAACCAGGCGCGGCUGCUGGGGAAAUGGGGGCCCCGGACGCUUUUGGGGCGCCCCGCGUUCUCCGACGGCUCCGGCCGGGCCGCGCCGCCCCCGGAGCAGACCCGGCCCCCCAAGGGCUGGCGCUGGGACGGGCCCUGGAGCGUGGAGCGGCCGCGGCGGGUGCUGCCGCGGCCGGAGCCCGCGGUGAGCGCGAUGCUGGAGGAGCUGUACGAGAACCAGAGCCGCGAUCCCGGCGGGAACUGGAGCCCCGCCGAGGGAGUGGCGGUGCCACCGAAGGAGGAGGUGGCGUGUCCCCAGGGCUGGCGCGUCACCAGUGACUGGCACGUGGACAUGGAGGGGGCCGUGGAUGAGGAGGGCUGGCAGUAUGGGGUGGGCACGGAGGAUGGCAGCCCCCCGGCAGCGUGGCACAGCCGGGGACAGCCCUGGCACACCCUGCGGCGCCGGCGCUGGCUCCGGGUCCGGCACAGCGACACCGACAGCGGGACACGGGAGCAGGAGAGUGACACCCCCAGUGACACCCUGCAGGACCCUGAGGAGCUGUGGGAGGACGAGGCCUGGCAGCCCGAGUGCUUCUGGGGCUGCGCCUUCCAGCCCAAGGUGCCGGCGGGGCCCCGGUGCCGCCGGCGGCGCUGGCACCGCAGGCUGGUCCCCGCCGAGCCCCCGCCCGUGGCGCCGCUCUUCCUGCUCGAGGGAGUGCCCGACACCGAGGACCCAGCCUGGGACAAUCCAGCUGUGGCCCCACAGCUGUCGGAGGGCUCCUCUCCGACACCCCUUCCGCAGCAGCCCCCCUUCAUCCUCUGCACCUUCCAACGGCCCACCCGCUUCCAGCUCCGCUGUUACAUCUUCCAGGCGCUGGAUCUGGCGCCCGGCAGCACCAGGACCUCCUUUGAUGCCACCGCGCACGUGUCGCUGGUGUGGCGCUCGCAGCGCACGCGGGCGGUGCGCGGGGACCCCGACCCGCGCUGGGAGCAGACGCUGCUCCUGCCCCGGGUGCCGCUGUUCGGGGACCCCCGAGGGGUUCGGGAGCAGCCCCCAGCGGUGGUGGCCGAGGUGCGAGACCAGCGGGGACAGGGGCCCGGUGCGCUCCUGGGGCGCUGCGUGUGCACCCCGCGGGUGUGGCUGGACGCGGCGCAGCGGGAGCUGCCGCGGCUGCGGCCUCACGCCCUGCGGGGGCCGCGGGGCCCGGCCGGGGAGCUGCUGGCGGCCUUCGAGCUCCUGCAGGAGCCCGAGGACGGGUCCCCGGCUCCGCUCGCGCCCCCGCCCCUGGGGAAGGACGGGUUCGGCUUCCCCCCGGAGCUGCGGCCGCGCAUGCAGAGGGUGACACUGGAGGUGCUGGCCUGGGGGCUGCGGGGGCUGCGCGGGGCCGUGCGGGAGCCGCGGCUGGAGCUGCAGUGGGCGGGGCAGAGCCUGUGGACCCCCCCGCUCCGGGACAUCGCCACCAACCCCAACUUCCCCAGCAGCGCCCUGGCGCUCACCCUGGCGCUGCCCGAGGAGGAGCCCUUGGUGCCGCCGCUCCGGCUGCGCCUGUGGCACGGCGCGGGCCCGGGGCGGCGGCUGCUGGGCCAGGCCAGCGUCAGGGCCCUGGGGCGGUACCGCUGUCCCCCGCCCCGCCGGGAGCAGCUCCUGGGCUCUGGGAGCGGCGCUCACACGGUGGUGGCAAUGCCAGACGAGCUCCUUUCCCAGCCCGGCCCCUCCAGCCUCUGGAAGCGUUGCUGUUCCCGUUUCCUGGCCACAGCCCCAGCCAGGAUGGCUCAGGAUCUGCUCAGCUUCCUCAGGAACAACGGGGCUGAGGACGAGGAUGAGGAGGAGGAGGAAGAGGAGAGGGACUGGUGGAGCAAAUUCUAUGCGUCCAUGGAGGACAAGGACCCCCAACCUCCAUGGGGAACCAACAGAGACAGAGUGAAGAUCUACGGCUGCGAGCUGGAGGCGGUGCCCGAGUUCGAGGGGCUGCAGGAUUUCUGCCAGACCUUCCCCCUCUACAAACCGGGGCGGGCCCCCCUGCCCGGGCAGGACCCCGAGCCCGUGGGCAGCUUCAAGGGGCUUUUCCGCAUCUACCCCGAGCCCGAGGAGCCCGGAGCGGCGCCGCCGCCGCGCUGCUUCCAGCGGCUGCCGCCCCGCGAGCCGCAGCAGUGCCUGGUGCGGGUCUACGUGGUGCGAGCCUCCGGGCUGUCCCCGCGCGAUGUCACCGGGCUGAGCGAUCCCUACGUGCGGGUGUCGCUGGGCAGGAGGACGCUGGGACAGCGGGACCAGUACGUGCCCAACACCCUGGAGCCCGUGUUCGGCAGGAUGUUCGAGCUGACGGCCACCAUCCCUCUGGAGAAGGACCUGCGGGUGACAAUCAUGGACCACGACAAGGUGCCACCAGACGCGGAGAUUGGCAGCACCACCAUCGACCUGGAGGACCGGCUGCUGUCCCAGUGCCGCGCCCACUGCGGGCUGCCCACCCUGUACCACACCGCGGGCCCCGCGUGCUGGCGGGACCAGCUGUGCCCCAGCCGGGCGCUGGAGCUCCUCAGCGCCCGCCGGGGGCUGCCCGCGCCCCUCUUCAACGCCGCGGGCACCGCGCUGAGCCUCGGCGGGCACCGCUUCGAGCUGGGGCACUUCGAGAGGGGCCACCCCCCGUCCCAGCACCCCGGGGCGCCCCGGGAGCGCCUGGCCCUGCACGUGCUGAACCUGUGCGAGCUCGUCCCGGAGCACCUGGAGACGCGGAGCCUGCGGAGCAGCGCCCGGCCCGGCCUCGAGCAGGGCAAGGUGCAGAUGUGGGUGGACAUUUUCCCCACCAGCCUCGGCCCCCCCGGGCCCCCCUUCAACAUCGACCCCCGCAAGGCCGAGGGGUACGAGCUGCGCUGCGUGGUGUGGAGGGUGCGGGACACGGACCUGGGGGACGUCAACCUGCUGGGCCAGCGCAUGAGUGACAUCUACGUGUCCGGGUGGCUGGACGGGCUCCCCGAGCAGCGGCAGCAGACCGACAUCCACUAUCGCUCCCUGGACGGCAGCGGCGCCUUCAACUGGCGCUUCGUGUUCCCCUUCGAGUUCCUGGCGGCCGAGAAGCUCUGCGCCAUCCGCCGCAAGGAGCACGUGUGGAGCUUGGACCAGACGCUGCUGAAGGUGCCGCCCAAGCUCAUCCUGCAGGUGUGGGACAAUGACAAGUUCAAGGCAGACGAUCUGCUGGGGGUCCUGGAGCUGGAGCUGACGCGGCUGCCCCGGCCGGCCCGCAGCGCCCGCCUGUGCUCCCUGCCCUGGUUCUCCCGGGCCCCGGCACGCUCCCCUCUGAACCUGUUCCGCAGGAGGAGGGCGCGGGGCUGGUGGCCCUGCACCGUGCAGGAGGACAGCGGCCAGCGGCUCUCCGGGAAGCUGGAGCUGAGCCUGGAGCUGCUGACGGCGCAGGAGGCCGAGGAGCGCCCGGUGGGGAAGGGCCGGGAGGAGCCCAACAAGCACCCGAUGCUACCCGAGCCCAGGUGAGCCCCAGGUGAGCCCCAGGGGAGCC